AUGGAUCAUUCAAAAGUUCAAAUGACAGGCUUGUUUAAAAUCCAUAAUAUCUAUCCGUUCUCUGAUUCAAUCGAUCAUAUGAAGUAUUGCAUUGUUGUACGACCCAAAAUCUCUGAAACGUAUCACUUGGUGACGAGCAGCAAGAUCCAAAGAGAUGCAUGGCUGUUCCGUCUUAAGCAAAGCUGCAAAGGCGAUGGAUCGAAUAAAUUACUAAUAGGUGAUCUUAAUAAACCACUGCCUGAGAAUCCAAGAACAGUCUAUAGUUUGACUGUACGUAUUGCAGAAGCACGUCGACUCCAAACAAGUCCGAAGGAUUCAAUGCAUAGUGAAUUAUAUUGUGAUGUUGUAGUAGAUAAUGAAAUACGAGGAUUAACCGGAUCGAUAAAAAAAAGCUCAUCUGUUUUCUGGAAAGAAGAAUUUCAGUUCUCUGACAUUUCGAAAGUGAAUUAUGGAGUAACCAUCAACAUGUAUACCAAAGGUAACAAGAAUGAUAGAGAAACUAUGUUUGGAAUUGUCUUUCUACCUGUCUCGUUGAUUGAUGCAAGCAACACGAUACAAGAAGAAUGGUAUGAAAUCAGAAAAGAGAACAGACACAAAGCAUUUGCUUCUUUAACAAGCUUGGGUUCAAGCAAUGGAUUUUGUGGGCAAAUCCGAGUAGGCGUAUUGCUUGAAAAGUAUAAAGUCUAUUCUUUAGAUAUUUAUCAACCUUUGAUGGAUGUCUUGACCGAAUUUAGACAUGAUAUGGUGUAUGAUAUGGCCAGAAAAUCUUCUGAUGUACAAGUGUUAGCAAGAAAUUUACUUAGAAUAUACGAAGGCAUGAGUAUGACACUAGCUUGGAUGAAAUCACUGAUAGAUUAUGAAGUAUCUGGUUUAAAUACAGUCCUUGACAAUUACAUGAGAAUGAAUGGAAAAGAAUUUCUGGAAGAAUCGCUCCAACACACUAUACAAAAUAUAUGCAAGUUAGGUCUCCAUAUUGAGGUGGAACCAUCUCGUCUAACUAAUUCAACGCUGGACAGCACUAUGGCUAAUAGCUCAGAAUUAUUUAGUUAUGUAAGAUUCAUAUGGGAGGAUAUUCAGAAAGCAAAAACCAAGUGUCCUAUGUAUGAAAUACGCUUAAGCAUGUGUUGUUUCUAA